GGGUCAUGAAGUUGGUUCCGGCCACUUGCUCUGUCCAAUACACUAGUGGUGUUGUACUGUUUGAACCUUUAGACUCCGGCCUGCCUUCAGGGUUGCUGGCGUCACCCGCCUUGGUACGAGUCAACAAUGGUACUGCUUGCAUUCCAGUUGUUAAUGUCGGCACCACGGAUGUCCUAUUGUAUCCUCGUAUAGCCUUAGGCACACUACAAUGUGUCCACGUGGUUAGUCUGCCGGCAGGGGUGUCAGAGGUCCCAACAGUUGCAGCUACCGUCGCCUCUCAGGCAGUUGACUCGGUGCAACCCACCAUUCAAGAGCAAAUAGCUCAAUUGGAUUUAUCCAGUUCUUUAAGUAGCGCUGAACAGGGACAGGUCCGCGCUUUACUUGAACAGUUUGACACUGUGUUCUCUGCCCAUGAUGCUGAUUUGGGCUGCACCAAUCUGCUUUCUCAUGACAUCCCGCUUCUGGACGAUGUGCCAGUUCGCCAGAGGUACCGCCGCAUACCCCCUUCGGACUACGACAUGGUAAAAGCACACAUCAACCAACUGCUUGACUCCCAGAUCAUCCGGGAGAGCUGUAGUCCAUACGCUUCGCCAAUUGUAUUGGUGAAGAAAAAGGACGGCAAACUGCGGUUGUGUGUUGACUACCGCCAACUCAAUUCCAAAACCCGGAAGGACGCAUUCCCACUUCCGCGCAUCGAAGAGUCGCUUGAUGCCUUAUCCGGGGCCCGCUUUUUCUCCACUUUGGACUUAGCGAGUGGAUAUAACCAGGUUCCGGUCACUGAACAGGACAAGCCUAAGACCGCCUUUUGCACCCCAUUUGGCUUAUUCGAAUGGAACCGAAUGCCAUUUGGGCUCUGCAACGCUCCAUCUACGUUCCAACGCCUCAUGCAGCGUCUCUUUGGCGACCAGCAGUGCCAGUCGCUGCUCCUGUAUCUUGAUGACAUCAUCGUGUAUUCGGCCACGGUCGCACAACACUUGGAACGGUUGACACUGGUGCUUGGUCGGCUUCAGCGGGAAGGUCUCAAAGCAAAGUUAAGCAAGUGUGCUUUCUUUCAAAGAGAGGUGAACUACCUCGGCCAUGUCGUGUCGGACAAGGGGGUAGCCACGGACCCUGGCAAGAUUGCUGCCGUAGCAGAGUGGCGGGUGCCUAGUACGGUUUCAGAGUUGCGGUCAUUCCUUGGGUUUGCUAGUUAUUACCGGCGCUUUGUGGAGGGGUUCGCCAAAUUGGCGGCCCCUCUGCACAGGCUGGUGGCCGAGCAAACUGCAAAUAAGGGCAGAUCUGCUAACAAAAUAUUGGCCAGUUCUUGGACAGAAGCUUGCCAGUCAAGUUUUGAUGACUUGAAAGAGAAACUCACCACAGCCCCGGUACUGGCGUAUGCUGACUUUUCCCUGCCCUUCGUCCUGGAAGUGGACGCCAGUCACGGAGGACUGGGGGCUGUCCUCUCUCAGGAGCAGGGAGGGAAAGUGAGGCCCGUCGCCUACGCCAGUCGCAGUUUACGGCCCACAGAGCGAAACAUGACUAACUAUAGUUCCAUGAAAUUGGAAUUUUUGGCGCUGAAGUGGGCCGUAGCUGAAAAGUUCCGGGAAUAUUUGUGGGGAAACAAAUGUGUGGUGUAUACAGACAAUAAUCCCCUUAGCCACCUGGCAACCGCCAAACUGGGCGCAACCGAACAGCGCUGGGCAUCGCAAUUGGCCUCCUUUGACAUCUCUUUGCGAUAUCGCUCCGGUCGAAGUAAUGGCAAUGCGGAUGGCCUCUCGCGACAAAACACAGCUGACACCCCACUGCAAAACCUUCUUCCCGGCACUGCUGUGACUGCGUCCCUGCAGCAGGCUGUCGCAUCAGUGCCCACGCUCCGGGCAGGUCAGUCCCUCAUCUCCGCCCUCCCUAGCCAUACUCCUGCUGACUUGGGUGGGUUGCAGCUGGCUGAUCCAAUCGUCGGAAAGGCCUUGCACUUCUGGCGACGGAAGAGACGGCCUGGACCUGAAGAACGCAAGCAGCUGUCCAAGCAGGUGUUGAUCCUGAUUGGACAGUGGGGUCGGCUGGUUGAACAGGAAGGCGUGUUGUAUAGGCGAAUCUUCCGCAAGGAAGGGGGGGAGGCGGUGCUGCAAUUGGUGGUACCCACCUGCUUGCACCAUGAAGUGCUGACCCAGAUGCACACGGAACAUGGACAUCAAGGCAUUGAGCGCACUACAGAGCUUCUUCGCUUGCGUUGUUACUGGCCUGGCAUAACUGCAGAUGUUGUGCGUUGGUGCCAGGACUGCGAAAGGUGCAAGUUAGCUAAGGAUGUUAAGCCGGGUGCGCCCAGUUUUAUGGGACACUUGCUGGCUGCCCGCCCCAAUGAGAUUCUGGCACUGGACUUUACGUUGCUUGAACCAUCUGCAUCAGGCCAUGAAAAUGUGUUGGUGCUAACAGAUGUGUUUAGCAAGUAUACUUUGGCGGUGCCCACUAGGGAUCAGCGUGCGGCUACUGUGGCUAAGGUACUUGUCGAAGAGUGGAUCUGUAAGUUUGGGGUGCCGGGUCGCAUUCAUUCAGACCAGGGACGGUGCUUUGAGUCUUUGCUUCUACAGCAGUUGUGCAGCUUUUAUGGGGUACAGAAGUCGCGCACAACACCUUAUCAUCCGGCCGGUAACGGCCAGUGCGAACGAUUCAACCGGACACUUCACAAUCUCCUGCGCACUCUGCCCGUGUCGAGGAAGAGGGAUUGGGUCGCUUGCUUACCCCAGCUCCUGUUCUGCUACAACAGUACCCCUCAUCAGACCACCGGGGAAUCUCCACACUUCCUCAUGUUCGGCCAGGAGCCGCGUCUCCCAAUUGAUUUCUUGUUGGGCCGGGUCCCAGAACCGAUAGCUGGAGAGGUGCACGACUGGAUCUUUGAGCACCAAACUCGGCUCAGGGUAGUAGGGGAAAAGGUUGGGGAGCGUUUACAGCUGGCGGCUGACCGUCGAAAGGCCAAUCAUGAUGCCAACGCCAUUGAUGCACCACUGGAGGAGGGUCAGCGUGUCUACUUGCGAGAUCAAACCGUAAGAGGCCGCCAUAAGAUCCAUGAUCUGUGGAGUCCUGUGGUGUAUCAGGUCAUUAAGGCGCCUCCAACAGGAGGUUCAGUUUACACCAUUGCCCCGGAGGGUGAGCCCCAACAAGUUAAACAUGUGCAUCGCACCAUGCUGAAAGCAUGCGGGGAGAGGGCCCCCUCAGGCCGUGUUGAGUCAGAGGCCUCUCCAGUUGUAGGUAACUCUCCGGAAGAUGACAACUCUGAUGCAGAGGAUCUGUUUGUCGCAGCCCCUGAAACCCCUGCCUUGUCUGGCAGGACCACUUUAGACUGCAACACAGCCGUUCUUGAAGAUCGUACCCUUGUCUUGCCCAGCACCGUUGGGGCAGAUGGCAGUGAUUCACCGCUUCCCAGUCCUACAGCCUCACCGCUUCCUAGCCCCACCAACUCAGUGGCAGACACUGGGGGUCAACGGCGCACGACUCGCGCUACAGCAGGACAACACUCUAACCCCCACCGGCUUCCGCGUACGGUCAACAGUUCUGCGAGGGAAGUAGACAACCAAGACCCCUAUCUGCCGGCAGGGGUGUCAGAGGUCCCAACAGUUGCAGCUACCGUCGCCUCUCAGGCAGUUGACUCGGUGCAACCCACCAUUCAAGAGCAAAUAGCUCAAUUGGAUUUAUCCAGUUCUUUAAGUAGCGCUGAACAGGGACAGGUCCGCGCUUUACUUGAACAGUUUGACACUGUGUUCUCUGCCCAUGAUGCUGAUUUGGGCUGCACCAAUCUGCUUUCUCAUGACAUCCCGCUUCUGGACGAUGUGCCAGUUCGCCAGAGGUACCGCCGCAUACCCCCUUCGGACUACGACAUGGUAAAAGCACACAUCAACCAACUGCUUGACUCCCAGAUCAUCCGGGAGAGCUGUAGUCCAUACGCUUCGCCAAUUGUAUUGGUGAAGAAAAAGGACGGCAAACUGCGGUUGUGUGUUGACUACCGCCAACUCAAUUCCAAAACCCGGAAGGACGCAUUCCCACUUCCGCGCAUCGAAGAGUCGCUUGAUGCCUUAUCCGGGGCCCGCUUUUUCUCCACUUUGGACUUAGCGAGUGGAUAUAACCAGGUUCCGGUCACUGAACAGGACAAGCCUAAGACCGCCUUUUGCACCCCAUUUGGCUUAUUCGAAUGGAACCGAAUGCCAUUUGGGCUCUGCAACGCUCCAUCUACGUUCCAACGCCUCAUGCAGCGUCUCUUUGGCGACCAGCAGUGCCAGUCGCUGCUCCUGUAUCUUGAUGACAUCAUCGUGUAUUCGGCCACGGUCGCACAACACUUGGAACGGUUGACACUGGUGCUUGGUCGGCUUCAGCGGGAAGGUCUCAAAGCAAAGUUAAGCAAGUGUGCUUUCUUUCAAAGAGAGGUGAACUACCUCGGCCAUGUCGUGUCGGACAAGGGGGUAGCCACGGACCCUGGCAAGAUUGCUGCCGUAGCAGAGUGGCGGGUGCCUAGUACGGUUUCAGAGUUGCGGUCAUUCCUUGGGUUUGCUAGUUAUUACCGGCGCUUUGUGGAGGGGUUCGCCAAAUUGGCGGCCCCUCUGCACAGGCUGGUGGCCGAGCAAACUGCAAAUAAGGGCAGAUCUGCUAACAAAAUAUUGGCCAGUUCUUGGACAGAAGCUUGCCAGUCAAGUUUUGAUGACUUGAAAGAGAAACUCACCACAGCCCCGGUACUGGCGUAUGCUGACUUUUCCCUGCCCUUCGUCCUGGAAGUGGACGCCAGUCACGGAGGACUGGGGGCUGUCCUCUCUCAGGAGCAGGGAGGGAAAGUGAGGCCCGUCGCCUACGCCAGUCGCAGUUUACGGCCCACAGAGCGAAACAUGACUAACUAUAGUUCCAUGAAAUUGGAAUUUUUGGCGCUGAAGUGGGCCGUAGCUGAAAAGUUCCGGGAAUAUUUGUGGGGAAACAAAUGUGUGGUGUAUACAGACAAUAAUCCCCUUAGCCACCUGGCAACCGCCAAACUGGGCGCAACCGAACAGCGCUGGGCAUCGCAAUUGGCCUCCUUUGACAUCUCUUUGCGAUAUCGCUCCGGUCGAAGUAAUGGCAAUGCGGAUGGCCUCUCGCGACAAAACACAGCUGACACCCCACUGCAAAACCUUCUUCCCGGCACUGCUGUGACUGCGUCCCUGCAGCAGGCUGUCGCAUCAGUGCCCACGCUCCGGGCAGGUCAGUCCCUCAUCUCCGCCCUCCCUAGCCAUACUCCUGCUGACUUGGGUGGGUUGCAGCUGGCUGAUCCAAUCGUCGGAAAGGCCUUGCACUUCUGGCGACGGAAGAGACGGCCUGGACCUGAAGAACGCAAGCAGCUGUCCAAGCAGGUGUUGAUCCUGAUUGGACAGUGGGGUCGGCUGGUUGAACAGGAAGGCGUGUUGUAUAGGCGAAUCUUCCGCAAGGAAGGGGGGGAGGCGGUGCUGCAAUUGGUGGUACCCACCUGCUUGCACCAUGAAGUGCUGACCCAGAUGCACACGGAACAUGGACAUCAAGGCAUUGAGCGCACUACAGAGCUUCUUCGCUUGCGUUGUUACUGGCCUGGCAUAACUGCAGAUGUUGUGCGUUGGUGCCAGGACUGCGAAAGGUGCAAGUUAGCUAAGGAUGUUAAGCCGGGUGCGCCCAGUUUUAUGGGACACUUGCUGGCUGCCCGCCCCAAUGAGAUUCUGGCACUGGACUUUACGUUGCUUGAACCAUCUGCAUCAGGCCAUGAAAAUGUGUUGGUGCUAACAGAUGUGUUUAGCAAGUAUACUUUGGCGGUGCCCACUAGGGAUCAGCGUGCGGCUACUGUGGCUAAGGUACUUGUCGAAGAGUGGAUCUGUAAGUUUGGGGUGCCGGGUCGCAUUCAUUCAGACCAGGGACGGUGCUUUGAGUCUUUGCUUCUACAGCAGUUGUGCAGCUUUUAUGGGGUACAGAAGUCGCGCACAACACCUUAUCAUCCGGCCGGUAACGGCCAGUGCGAACGAUUCAACCGGACACUUCACAAUCUCCUGCGCACUCUGCCCGUGUCGAGGAAGAGGGAUUGGGUCGCUUGCUUACCCCAGCUCCUGUUCUGCUACAACAGUACCCCUCAUCAGACCACCGGGGAAUCUCCACACUUCCUCAUGUUCGGCCAGGAGCCGCGUCUCCCAAUUGAUUUCUUGUUGGGCCGGGUCCCAGAACCGAUAGCUGGAGAGGUGCACGACUGGAUCUUUGAGCACCAAACUCGGCUCAGGGUAGUAGGGGAAAAGGUUGGGGAGCGUUUACAGCUGGCGGCUGACCGUCGAAAGGCCAAUCAUGAUGCCAACGCCAUUGAUGCACCACUGGAGGAGGGUCAGCGUGUCUACUUGCGAGAUCAAACCGUAAGAGGCCGCCAUAAGAUCCAUGAUCUGUGGAGUCCUGUGGUGUAUCAGGUCAUUAAGGCGCCUCCAACAGGAGGUUCAGUUUACACCAUUGCCCCGGAGGGUGAGCCCCAACAAGUUAAACAUGUGCAUCGCACCAUGCUGAAAGCAUGCGGGGAGAGGGCCCCCUCAGGCCGUGUUGAGUCAGAGGCCUCUCCAGUUGUAGGUAACUCUCCGGAAGAUGACAACUCUGAUGCAGAGGAUCUGUUUGUCGCAGCCCCUGAAACCCCUGCCUUGUCUGGCAGGACCACUUUAGACUGCAACACAGCCGUUCUUGAAGAUCGUACCCUUGUCUUGCCCAGCACCGUUGGGGCAGAUGGCAGUGAUUCACCGCUUCCCAGUCCUACAGCCUCACCGCUUCCUAGCCCCACCAACUCAGUGGCAGACACUGGGGGUCAACGGCGCACGACUCGCGCUACAGCAGGACAACACUCUAACCCCCACCGGCUUCCGCGUACGGUCAACAGUUCUGCGAGGGAAGUAGACAACCAAGACCCCUAGCUGGUGGUGUGGCAAGUUCUCUUUGGGGUCGUCGGGACGACGACUCAAAUGGGGGGGGCAGAUUGUAGCAGUAGAGCUUUCUAUUGCUGUCAGUCAUGUCUGUUUCAUCCCUGUGCACGUUUGACACUUUGGUGACAGUCCCCCCAGCGGGGCUUCACCUGAGCUCACGAUUGGGUGACCGCAAGCCACACCUGCAUAAAGAAGAUGGCGACGCAAACAUUCAGUGCUUUUGCUGAGAGGAACAGACUUGCUAGCAGCUCUGGCUGUAUGCUCCUCAUCGCUUUUGCCCCGGAGGGAACUCGUCGUGCCCCUGGCUGCUCGGUAGGUUGCUGUUCCUCUGCACUCGCGUUUCUUGUCCUGGAUUGCGUUCGGAUCUUAACGCAUUCUAUUUGUUUCAGCUUGGGCUAAUUGAUUGCCAUCUGCGCAGCUGUAUGGCUCCAUCUCUUCCCCUCCGACACGCUUGCUGACCCUUGUCCAGGUGAGUUUCUAAUGCUCACUGGCGUGUGCACUUCACUUUUCCUGGGGGCAACAUGCUGACAUUAUUCUCGGUUCACAGCAUCCAUCACGAGACGAUUCGGUAAGCGAAGUCUCUCCACCUUGGCAGCGUGUGCCUCUCUGGACGGCGUGUGCCGGCUACAUCGGUAGGUUCUCCUUCUCAUACCCUUCUAACUGUCUUAGUUAGGCGCGUUAUGUAAAUACAAAUAGGCGCUUUAAGUAAAUGCAUUUAUUUUGUAUUCUCCAUUAGGGCCCGUGGGGCUUCCAACCAUUACGGUCAGAGUUGCCGCUUUGUCCUCCCCUGUUCUGCUCCUCCUGUCCGCUCACGGUGACUGUCGCUCUGCUGCAAUAUUGUUGCUUGCUGUCGCUCUGCUGCAAUACCGCUGCUUGCUGCUCGCUCUGCUGCUUGGGUGUGGGGCUUGCAGGGUGUCUGACGCUGAAGCUCGCUACGCGGUGUCACUUGUCCCGUGAAUUGUUUUGUUUGUCCGUUUGUUAGUCUGUCCAUGUCUGCUUUGGCUGCUUGUGCUACAGUGACUGUGCGCUAACCCCCCCAGUUAAUGGGGUAA